AUGAGAGGCAUACUAGAAGGUUACUCCAAAGGAACACCGAUUUUUUCUAACGAAAAGCACAAUAUAAUUUCCUCCGAGCUUAAAAACCUCUAUGCUGCUGUGACUAGAGCUCGACAUCGACUCUGGAUUUUGGAUGAUAAUUCAGAACAAAGUGAACCAAUUCUGGCAUAUUGGAAGCAUCACGAGUUGGUCCGCGUAAUCCCAAACACAGAAGGACUUCCGAAUUUAUCCUUAGCCAGGAAGAGCAGUCCUGAAGAAUGGAACGAGCGCGGAAAGACAUUUUUUGAAAGGAAACAAUAUGAACAGGCUGUCUUCUGUUUCAAAAAGAGUAAAAAUGAGCAGAACCGAAGACUAGCUGAUGCGUAUCACCUUCGGCAAAUUGCUAGAACAUCGAUUAGAAAUUUUGAUGAAGAAACUGUAAAAUCCAAAUUCAUUCGUGCCGCUGAAGCUUUUAAGAUAUGCUCUCGGGUAGAGCAAGAAGCUUCAUAUUAUCAAGAUGUUGACAUGCAUGAAGAAGCAGGUGAUGUUUACGCCAGAGAAGGGAUGUAUGAGUCCGCGGCACGUUGUUACAAUAAAGCGAAAAAGUGGCGCAAGGCUGGCGAUUGUUUUGAAAAAGUAAAUAUGUAUAAGCAAUAA